CGUACCGAGACACAUUGGAGCUGGAAUACAGUCACUUAGAACUCGAUUAUGUCUAGAUUUCUACUUAAUUUAUCAAAGACAAGGUUAUUUAUUUUCCAGCGUGAGGUCUACAGUUAUAUUUAUUCAUGCUGUCACGGUAGCAUUUCGUCUUAGACGGAUAGAUAGACAGAGAGCCUCAUAAACCUAUUUAUUAUUGCACUGCCAACCCUUGUUCCUUUCCUGUGUCAAUGAUUGUCCUACCCUCACUCUCAUGGCGGAGACUAAAAUAAUAUAUCACAUUGACGAGGAGGAGACUCCUUAUCUAGUGAAAUUACCCGUUUCUCCUGAGAAAGUCACUUUAGCGGAUUUUAAAAAUGUCCUUAACAAUCGUCCGGUCAAUAGCUACAAAUUCUUUUUCAAAUCCAUGGACCAGGAUUUUGGGGUUGUCAAAGAGGAGAUUUCCGAUGACAACGCCAAGUUGCCCUGCUUCAACGGGAGAGUGGUGUCCUGGCUGGUCCUGGCAGAGAGCUCCCACUCUGAUGGGGGGUCCCAGUGUACAGAGAGCCACCCAGAGCUGCCACCCCCCCUGGAGAGGACAGGGGGCAUCGGUGACUCCCGCCCACCCUCCUUCCAUGCCAACGCAGUAAGCAGUCGGGAUGGCCUGGACACGGAGACGGGUACAGAGUCCCUCCUGAGCCACCGUAGGGAGAGGGAGAGAGAACGCGCACGGAGGAGAGCACGAGAGACUGAAAUCCCUCGUAUCAAUGGCCACUCUAAGUCGGAGCGCACAGCGAGGGACUCUGCCAUGGGCUACGACAGCGCCUCAGUGAUGAGCAGUGAACUGGAGUCCAGCUCUUUCGUUGACAGUGAGGAGGAUGAGGACGCCAGCCGACUCAGCAGCUCCACAGAGCAGAGCUCGUCUUCUCAGCUAAUGCGCAGACACAAACGCCGCCGACGGAGGCACAAAGUGGCCAAAAUAGACCGGUCUUCGUCCUUCAGCAGCAUCACAGAUUCCACUAUGAGCCUCAACAUCAUCACUGUCACACUCAACAUGGAGAAGUAUAACUUCCUGGGUAUCAGUAUUGUGGGGCAGAGUAACGACCGGGGGGACGGCGGGAUCUACAUCGGCUCCAUCAUGAAGGGAGGAGCUGUGGCUGCAGACGGCAGGAUAGAACCUGGAGAUAUGCUCCUACAGGUGAACGAUGUGAACUUUGAGAACAUGAGCAACGAUGACGCUGUGAGGAUCCUGAGAGAGAUCGUCUCCAAAACAGGUCCUAUUAGUCUUACUGUGGCCAAGUGUUGGGACCCGUCUCCGCGAAGCUACUUCACCAUCCCCCGGGCUGAGCCAGUGAGGCCCAUCGACCCUGCUGCCUGGAUCUCCCACACAACGGCCCUGACCGGACCCUACCCACACUACGAAUUUGACGACUUGCCGCUAUCUGCGAGUAAGACGGACAUGGCAACCAUCGUCAAGGUGAUGCAGCUACCUGACUCUGGUCUGGAGAUCCGGGACAGGAUGUGGUUGAAGAUCACCAUCACCAACGCUGUUAUCGGUGCUGACGUGGUGGACUGGCUCUACUCGAGGGUGGAGGGCUUCAAGGACAGGAGAGAUGCUAGGAAGUAUGCCAGCAGUCUGCUGAAACAUGGCUACCUGAGACACACCGUCAACAAGAUCACCUUCUCAGAGCAGUGCUACUACACCUUCGGAGACCUCUGCCAAAACAUGGCGUCUCUCAACCUAAAUGAGGGUUCCAGUGGUGGGGGCUCUGAGCAGGACACCCUGGCCCCCCUCCCUCCCCCUGCCACCAACCCAUGGCCCCUGGGGGGCCAGCCGUUCCCCUGCCCUCCCUUCCCCUCCGCCCCUCCAGGCUUCCCACCAGGCUACUCAGACCCCUGCCAAAGUUUCCACAGUGGGAGUGCAGGCAGCCACAACAGUGAGGGAAGCAGAAGCAGUGGAUCCAACCCCAGCGCAGGGACAGGGAAGGGCCCUGAUCAAAACUCCUCCUCACAAGUGAAGGGUCACAGGUCCACAUGCAGUGAAACUGAGCCAAAGGGGAUCAGAGGAGCGAGGCGCCCUUGCGAUAAGUCCGCCAGCCAGCAGAGUCAUCACAGUCAUCACAGCAGCCAUGCCCACUCAAGUCACAGCCACGCCCGCUCUGGUUUCAGCCAUGCUCAGUCUCACAGGAGUCACUGUCAAUCACAGAACAGCCACACAUCCUUCAUCUACAAACACGCCCCUUUCACCAAGCCUGGGCCCGGCUCGUGUGGCCACAGCGAGCGAAGCCACGCCUCCUCUUAUGGCCCCCCCGGCCUGCCCCCCUCAUACUGCCUGUCCCGGCUGGCCUCUAAGACCUCCGUCAGCAGCAGCACCCCUCCCGGGGCUCCCCCGGUACGGGGGCUAGGAGCCGUCCCCCCUGAGCUCACAGCUAGCCGCCAGUCCUUCCAGCACGCUAUGGGCAAUCCCUGUGAGUUCUUUGUUGACAUCAUGUGACAGACAGGACAGUGCCUUUUAAAAACUUGCUGAGCACAAACAAGCCCCCCCCCCCGUCCUACCGCUCGUCCGUCCCACCUCACCUUCUCUUCUUUACCCCAUUUGCUACUGACUAUUCCUGGGUUGAGAAUGUAGACGCUGGUCCCCUCCGUCCCCAUGCUGUCAACAACGGCCCCUCGGAUGUCGGAGCAGGGGAGGACAGGAGACAAGAGCACAACAGAACUGAAGAGAGUCCUGCCAUCACAAAAACACACAGAGCCUCAGUGUCUGAUCAGAACCCCCAGCCAGCUCUUUUGUAUUGACGUGACGUGAACAGUUUGUGAAAUUGAUGUGAGUGGUGUUCAAUGUGGUGAUCCUUGUGAGCUGCCACAGACAGUCCAGUCCCAAGAGCAUGUAGUUACUCUAUGUGGAGAACAAGCACCUGCUGUUUGUUGAACCAGACGUCCAAGCCAACUGACUGGGUCUGGAUCUCAAUCCCCCAGACCCACCCAGACACAGAGCUCUGGAAGAGGGAAGCCUCACUGGAGGCUCUGGACUAUGAGUCAGCCUCCUAGAAUGUCGCCCUUUACACAAACUUCUACUAUUUGGCCAAAACAUACCAAAACUCCUGCUCUAACUGACUGACCUGCUAUCCGGUCUGCAGGGGGACCGUGACAUAUUCUAACUAGUCAAAGCUAGCCUCGGCCUAUUUCACAGCCCUUGUAUUUGUCCAACUAAGGGAGGCACUGUAACCAGUUGUUAGUUUAAACUAUAGGCUGCUUAUCUGCAUGACUAUCUCAACUGCUUUAAAAGGAAUAGACACAUUCAUUUUGUUAGAUAUUUGAAAUUUGGGGGUUGGGCCUCUCGCCAAAGGUCUAAAGGAAGAAUCCAUACACUGGAGAAUGUUUGAUGUUAUUUACGUGAUCAUGAUGUUGCAUUGACAGUCAGUGUCAUACGUUGUCUCGCUCUAUGGCUGACUCAUACGUAGACACUCAGUCAGACAUCGUUUCCCUCUGUGACUCAGUGGCCAGGAUUUGACCACUGUCCUAGCUGUGCUUUGUCCAAUGCAUCAUUAUUAUUGCAGUCAAUGGAGUCCUGACCACAACAGACUCGUGUUGUGAACACAUUCGAUUUUUAACUGUUUCCACAUACACUAUACAUACAAAAGUAUGUGGACACCCCUUCAAAUUUGUGGAUUCAGCUAUUUCAGCCACACCCGUUGCUGGCAGGUGUAUACAAUCGAGCACACAGCCAUGCAAUCUCCAUAGACAAACGUUGGCAGUAGAAUGGCCUUACUGAAGAGCUCAGUGACUUUCAACAUGGCACCUUCAUAGGAUGCCACCUUUCCAACAAGUCAGUGCGUCUGUCCUCGGUUGCAACACUCACUACCAAGUUCCUAACUGCCUCUGGAAGCAACAUCAGCACCAUAACUGUUCGUCAGGAGCUUCAUGAAAUGGGUUUCUAUGGCCGAGCAGCCGCACACAAUCCUAAGAUCUCCAUGUGCAAUGCCAAGUGUCAGCUGGAGUGGUGUAAAACUCACCGCCAUUGGACUCUGGAGCAGUGGAAACGCGUUCUCUGGAGUGAUGAAUCACGCUUCACCAUCUGGCAGUCCGACGGACAAAUCUGGGUUUGGCGGAUGCCAGGAAAACACUAUCUGCCCGAAUGCAUAGUGCCAACUGUAAAGUUUGGUGGAGGAGGAAUAAUGGUCUGGGGCUGUUUUUCAUGGUUCAGGCUAGGCCCCUUAGGCCCCAUAGUUCCAGUGAAGGGAAAUAUUAACGCUACAGCAUACUAUGUCAUUCUAAACGAUUCUGUGCUUCCAACUUGGGGGCAACAGUUUGGGGAAGGCCCUUUCCUGUUUCAGCAUGACAAUGUCCCCGUGCACAAAGUGAGGUCCAUACAGAAAUGGUUUGUCGAGAUCAGUGUGGAAGAACUUGACUGGCCUGCAAAGAACCCUGACCUCAACCCCAUCGAAAACCUUUGGGGUGAAUUGGAACGCCAACUGCAAGCCAGGCGUAAUCUCCCAACAUCAGUGCCCGACCUCACUAAUGCUCGUGGCGGAAUGGAAGCAAGUCCCCGCAGCAAUGUUCAAACAUCUAGUGGAAAGCCUUCCCAGAAGAGUGGAGGCUGUUAUAGCAGGAAAGGGGGGACCAGCUGCAUAUUAAUGCCCAUGAUUUUGGAUUGAGAUGUUCGACGAGCAGGUGUCCACACUUUUGGUCAUGUAGUGUAGCUGCAAACAGAGUUGCAAACAGUGGCCGUCCACCACAGAUCUACUACCUAAAACAGAUCUGAUCGUCAUCAGUUAAAGUCAACAGGGUCUCUUAAAAGUGUUGACUGAAACAGAGAUCAGAGUGAUAACCAAUGCUUCUCACAGUGAGGUGUGCAGUUCUGUACAGUGUAGGAAUUUUUCUGUGAUAUCACCAGAUCAUUUUUGAUGAAAUUCCAGCCCUUGAUUUGAAAGUCCUUCUUGUUAAGGUUGGUUAAUUGGUUAAGCUGUGUUUAAGGCCUAAGAUCAAGCUUUAACCGGCGAUAGCUGUGCAGCCAAUGGCAAUGUUCAAUUUAGGUAUAAAUGCCAGGAGCCACUUGUGGAUUUGACAAGUCUAACGCAGUUCCACUUCCAACAAACGCUAUGCGGAUGAUGGCUGAAGCAGAUCUGAUUACAGAUUCUGCCAUAGAAAUGUAAAGGUAGUUUUCGAUCGAGCCGACAUAUGCAAUGUUUACCAUGAAUGUAGUCUCCGCAAACGUGGGAACAUUGCCUUUAAAGUCGGCAAUGCCUAUAACCUGCAAUCGAAUUGACUCCCGGCCCAAGUCUAUCGACAACACAGAAACGGUGUGAUGCAUAAGACCUUUCUGUCGCAACACUCUGAUCAUUAUUUGAGCACUUUCUCAUUCUCUCUCUUCUCUGGCCCUUUGGUAUGAAACACUGUUUGCAAUCAAA